GAGUAGGCAGUGGAGGAAGGAAACUGCCUUCUCAAAGAGUCAUGCCGUUUUAGCAUGUCUGUCAUUGCUGCUGCAACUCUGGUGGUGCUCUAGCUUUUUGGUGAAGAGUCAGCAACUGGGCCUUGGAAGGGUUAACCAGAUGCUAUGUUUUUCCUUCCUCCUGGGCUAUUUGCAGCAAAACAAAAGUUUCUGUGGAAGGGCUGAGCAGCCUGCCUCCUGGUGGGACUGGCUCAGGUGGGCUGGGUAUUAACUCUGUGCUCACUUCAUUAGGCACCCUAGCCACUGUCUAUUCUGCUUAAAGCAGGGGUAGUAAAUAGGCUGAGAAAAGGGGAGCAGUUGUGGCUUUUUUCUUUUUCUCUUCUUGGUGGAUUUUUGCAGUGGAAAGGGCUUGAUGGCCACUGAGGACAUUGACUGGCUAGACCUGCCUGGCAGGUGGACCUAUGGAGUUUGCACUGACGGGAGAAUCUUCUUUAUCAAUGAUGAAACAAAAUCUACUUGCUGGACACAUCCAGGCAGUGGCUGUCCCAUCCAGAGUGGUCAUUUCACCUGGCUAGAGAUGCCCAGAGGCUGGGAGGUGGAUACCAUGUCAAACGGUGCUGUGUUUUUCAUCAACCAUAAUGAAAGACGGAACACUUUUUUUCACCCAGUGACUGGCCAGAUCCCAGAAGAGAACAACCAGUUUGACUUGCAAAGAUCUGUCUUGGACAUGUCACACAAAUCAGGCAGCAAGCAGCCAGCAGCAGUCAAUAGUGAAUCAUCCAAUCAUACCAUGGUUUCAGAGGUGCCUCAGGAACGACCAAAUGGCAGGGCCUCACGCUCCUCCAGGAAGGGGAUUGCUUUUGGGAAGCGCUCCAAUUCCAUGAAGAGGAAUCCUAAUGCUGCAGUGACCAAGAGUGGCUGGCUCUUCAAGCAGGCCAGCUCUGGUGUGAAGCAAUGGAAUAAGCGCUGGUUUGUACUGGUGGACCGCUGCCUUUUCUACUACAAAGAUGAGAAGGAGGAAAGCAUCUUGGGCAGCAUUCCACUUCUCAGCUUCCGGGUCGCAGCUGUCCAGCCAACAGACAACAUCAGUAGGAAAUACACCUUUAAGGUGACUGUGUGCUGGAUGGAAGAGACACCAGGGAAUAACAAGAAGUCCCUCUCUCCCCAGGCUGAGCACGCUGGCAUCCGGACUUACUUCUUCAGUGCUGAGAACAACGAGGAGCAGGAAUCCUGGAUUCAAGCCAUGGGCGAGGCUGCCCGGGUGCAAAUCCCACCCGCUCAGAGGCAUGAGAAGACUGAUUCUGAGAACAUCCCUCCCAGCAAGAACCACCAGCAUCACCACCACCGCAGUGUUCCAACCAGAGAGUCUGCCAAAGCUGAACCAGAAGUCAAGACCAGAGGAGAAGGUGAUGGGCGUGGUUCUGAGAAGAGUGAAAGGAAACCAGAGCGAGUAGAAAGCAAGAAGGAGCCUCUGGUGAAAGCCAAUGGCAUUGCAAGUCAAGAAAUGCCCUCUGAGCCUGGAAGCCCUUAUCCUGACACGUCCCAUCUGCCAACUGGAGUGGAGAGACCCACACAGCCAAAUGGCUGGCAGUACUCAUCUCCUAGCCGGCCUGGCAGUAUGGCCUUCCCACAGCAUGAUGGCGAGAGUGCUAUGCCUCGUCGGAGCUUUGCUCCAUGCACCAAUCCUGAGAAGAUUGCCCAGAGGAAGAGCUCCAUGACACAGCUGCAGCAGUGGGUGAACCUGCGCCGUGGAGCUCCACCUCCUGAGGAUCUCCGUAGCCCCACCAGAUUCUACCCGAUGUCCCGAAGAGUCCCUGACUACUAUCCCCCGUACUCACCCCAGUACUCUGAAUAUUACCCUCCUGGGGUGCGACCUGAUAGCAUCUGCUCUAUGCCUGCCUUUGACCGCAUGAGCCCUCAGUGGACAGUGGAUGACAAGCGCCACUCCUUCCGCAACAGUGGCUCAUACCAGCUGCGGGAGUGGAAAGAACAGCCUGGCUAUGGCAGGCAGGAUGUCCCCAUCUGGAUGCCAGGCCCUGCACGGCCACCGCUGUACUAUGAUGAAAUGGAUGCAGCCUCCAGCUCCUUGCGCAGGAUGUCCCUUCAGCCUCGCUCCCGGUCGGUACCCCGCUCACCGAGCCAAGGUUCCUACAGCCGAGCUAGAGUGUACUCCCCAGUCAGGUCUCCAAGUGCCCGCUUUGAAAGAGUACCUCCCCGGAGUGAGGAGAUUUAUGCUGAGCCAACAACUUACAUGAUGAGGCGAUCAAUCAGUUCCCCAAAGUAUGAUUAUCUGGGUGACAGGAGGCCUAUCCCUGCAGGAAUGUUCCCCUUCAACUAUCCAGCAUCCCCUACGGUUCACGACAAAAUGGAUGAACUUUUAGAUCUUCAGUUGCAAAGAAACCUAGAGUAUUUGGAUCAGCAGAUGAGCGAGAGCGAGACUUUGAUCAGUAUGGUGAACAGAAUGGUGGAGAGCUCCUCCCCUAGGGCUCAACUGUACAUGCAAGUGUCUCAUUUCCCUGAAGCCUACAGAGAGUCGCUGCACACCUACAAGAUAAAUGAGCAAGAUACAGAUAAGCUUCUGGGAAAGCUCUGUGAGCAAAACAAGGUGAUGAGGGAACAGGAGAGGCUGGUGCAGCAACUUCGUGCAGAGAAGGAGAGUCUAGAGAGUGGACUGAUGGCGACACAUCAGGAACUAGAGAUGUUUGGGAGUCAACCAGCUUACCCCGAAAAACUGCUGCACAAGAAGGAAUCUCUCCAGAACCAGCUGAUCAAUAUACGAGUGGAGCUAUCCCAAGCCAGCACGGCAUUGGCCAACAGCACCAUAGAAUAUGAGAACCUUGAGGGUGAGGUGUCAGCCUUGCAUGAUGACCUUUGGGAACAGCUGAACUUGGACAUGCAGAAUGAAAUGCUCAAUCGGCAAAUCCAGAAGGAGAUCUGGUGCAUCCAGGACGUGAUGGAGGGGCUAAGGAAGAACAACCCAUCCCGAGGCACAGACACAGCAAAGCACAGAGUGCCCCUUGGCCCAUCAGGAACCUACAGCUCCAACAGUCCUGCCAGCCCUUUGAGCUCAGCCAGCCUCACAAGCCCCCUGAGCCCUUUCUCUCUUGUGUCAGGAUCCCAGAGCUCCCCUACUAAACAAGGCAGCAAUGAGUCCAAGUCCAGCUUUGAGCAGAGCAAGAAGGACCAUCCUCGGACAGUGGCCUCAAACUCUGCAGCAGAGGCUGGUCUCUUGCAGACAAGGCAAGACCAAGAAGCUGAUAAGCAAGUUGCCCUCAACAAAGUUGGCAUUGUUCCCCCAAGGACCAAAUCACCUAUGGAUGAUGACACCACGCCCACAUCAGGUGUGGUGCGGAGGAGUGCCAGCAACUUAGUCAAUGGGCUGAAUGCCCGGGACAGGCCAAAGAGUGCAGUAUUUUCGAAUGAAAUGAAGGCAAAGAUGAGCGUAGAGGAGCAGAUUGAUCGCAUGAAGCGCCACCAAAGCGGUUCUGUGAAGGAGAAGAGACGGAGCUUGCAGCUUCCGGCCAAUCAGCAACAGGGAGAUAGCCCUCUCUCUAAACCGCCUCUCUCUUACAAAGUGGUGCACAGACAUCGCAGCAUCCAUGAGGUGGACAUAUCUGAUCUGGAGGCAGCGUUACGCUCUGAAGAUUCUGGCAAGAUGUAUGAGACCCCUCGGGAGGAGAUUGCUCGUCUGCGCAAGAUGGAGCUUGAGCCAGAGCAUUAUGCUGUGGACAUCAGCAAGGAGCUUUCCACCCCUGAUAAAGUCCACAUCCCAGAAAGAUACAUUGAGUUGGAACCUGAUACCCCACUGAGCCCCGAGGAGAUGAAGGAGAAACAAAAGAAAGUGGAAAGGAUAAAGACGCUGAUUGCCAAAUCCAGCAUGCAGAAUGUGGUCCCCCUCAGUGAGGGAGAAAUGGACAUGCCCCAGGACCCAGAAACCCAGCUACAGGAGCAGGAGAAGCGAAUAGAGAUCUCCUGUGCCUUGGCUGCAGAAGCUUCCCGACGGGGCCGCAUGCUCUCAGCUCAGUGUGCCACCCCGAGCCCUCCUACUUCCCCAGCCUCUCCGACUCCACUGACUAAGUCCCUCUCGUCUGACUCAUCCCAGGGCGCCGACAACCAUUUUAUGCGUGUCUGAGCCAUAAACACAGGCCCUGGCUGCUGUGAAGUUCCACGGAGCUACAUUUUAACCCGCGGUGUCUGCAGCCCAACACAGCCACCGAACAGUGUGCGUGGUCAUUGUUAGGGUUCUCUCGACACCCCCCCUCCUUCGGUCAAGCUGAAGAAACAGUCGGAAAGGAAAAGCUGCCACCGAAGGAGAUUGGAGAUGGCACUCACCUUUUCCCCAGUUUCCAUCUGCUGCCAUGGUCUGAACGCAUCACCCAGACCAGCCCUUUAAAAUCAGUGGCGGAGGCAGCGCAUGGGAGCUGUUUCUUCCUUGCAAGAUGAGUCCUCUGCGUCAGGUGCAGUAGACUCCCAAAGCAAAGGGCCGGCAGCUAAAGAUCAGCUGUAUCUUGGCAUAGAGGCAGCACUGAACAGGAAGAGGGAUACUGGUGACAGCAGGGGGAAGUGAAGCUUCCCACACUAACAUAAACCAUCUCUUGGAGCUCUGUUUUGAGAAGGGCAUCAGGGAAGGGAGGCUGUGCGAAGAAUGGUUUAGUCACUGCAGCCAGGGAGUUUGUAACCCUCCACUGAAGUGAGCACUAAAUUCUUCUUCUUCUUCUUCUUCUUCUUCUUCUUCUUCUUCUUCUUCUUCUUCUUCUUCUUCUUCUUCUUCUUCUCUCUCUCUCUCUCUCUCUCUCUCUCUCUCUCUCUCUCUCUCUCUCACACACACACACACACACACACACACACACACACACGUCUUUUGGUCUCUUCUCUGCCAACCACAAUGGCUUUAGCAUCUGUAGCCUUUGGAGCUAAGCAACCCACACACGGCCACGCUUCUCUCUUUAUGCUCAUGACCCUUCACAGGCAAAGGAACAGGGACGAGGAAACAUGAAUGGACAGACCUUUGCAGAGGUGGCAGGUGAAGAAAACAGAAGACUGCCAGUGUGGGGACCCAAAGAGGCUUUGGAAUCUGCCCAGUUGCAGGGAUGUGGCUGUGGCUGUGAUAGGCUGGGGUUUUCUCCUUUCCCAAGCUUACUGGUUGGAUGUAACAGAAGGUGCACUCAAUGUAUGUGGGCAUGUCGCAGGGGUGUGGCUGAAAGAUAUAAUGGAGAGGGGUGAAGUUGGAAAAGCUUAGUUGGCUGGGAUUAGCCACUAGGUGAAGCUUUAAUGCUUUCUGUGAUCCAGCGAGGCUUUCUUUGCCUGUAGACACACACAAAACGAAAUGAGGACUGGGUAGGUGGCAUUUCUUCUCAUAUCACAGCCAAUUCUGGAUGGUGCCAUUGAGCAUCUUUCUACUGACUUCUCCAGGGCAUAAAUCUAAGUAACAGGGCCAGGAAGAACAUUGUGUGCUGGAUAGAUCACUGUGUUCACCAUGCACUUAAAUUGUUUGUGCUAUCCCUUAAAGCAGUCAGUGCUGCUGAUGAAAACAGGAUAGUGGACUAGAUGGAAUAUUGGCCUAAACUAGACUAGAUGGACCAUGGGUCAGUCUCUUUGGUCCAUAUGGAGCCAACCUCUCCUGGCUACUGGUGGGGAGGAUGAGGCAAGGCCUCUUAAAUCACACACAUAAACAUAUUUCAUCAGUCUCCUCUGUUAAGGCUAUAGCUGCAUGAUAAUCAUUGCCAAGACCUUUCAGAGCAACUAAGCUGCUAUAUCAAGUGCGCAGGACCACUGUCACACCUGCUCCAGUCUCAUACCAUUUCAAAUAAGCCAGUUCUUCUCACAGAUGAGCCCUCGUUAGUUUCUCAAUAGUUUGAGGAAAGAAUUAAUUCAUAAUGAAGGUUGUCCAGAAGGUAGGCACAGAAAGAGGACUUUGGAAAUUUACUCAUUUUCAUGCAAAUACCAAGAGAGCCCCCCCCCCUCGACUUAUUCAUAUAGCGCUGACCCGAUUGGCUUGCCCCAUACUGAACCAGCAAAAUUACUAGAAUGAGGGUCUGUUUUGGAUCUUUUUUCCACCCUGAGAGGGUACUUAUACAUGGUGAGGCCUGUCUGAAUAUGAUUUAGGGCAGGGGUAGUUAACGUCUGUGUUCUCGGGGGACACUUUCUUCUCCAGACAAUGAUCCAUGGACUGGAAAUAUAUUUUGACACACAACCUGGAUCCUUUUACUAGUAGUCAAGAUGUGCAUUAAAGCUGUCACCAACUUGCAAUAAGGGCUUCUGCAGCAUAGAACUCAGGCAUGGAUAGGGCAUUGCAUAGAAACCCCAGAGAGAUGUUAAUGUUACAGUGUAGUCCGUCUCACAUUACACCUUUUGAAAACAAUUUUGACAUACUUAGAGCCUGUGGGCCACAGGUUUUACCAUCAAAAUAUAGUAGGGCACCAUGGGGCACAUGAAAUUGCUUCAUAGGCCAUACCAAAUAUAAGGUCAAGCUGGACAAAGUCUUCCCAAACUGGUUCCUUAAUUCUGUCUUAUAUUACAUGUUUUUGGAAGUAACUAAAAUUGUUCUACCUAUAGGCCACAACAAAAAGCACAGCUGGCUUUUCUUUUUAAUUCCCUUGAGCUGGAUUUUCAGAUGGUGUCAUGGCCAAUUUGUUUAAAAGAGCUGGAUUCUCAUCCAUCCAAUGUUCUGCUUGUUUUUUCAUGAAAGGUUGGCAUUUUAGACAGUGAUUCAACUUCUAAGUGGCAAUUUAGUUAUUUUGAAAUGCACAUACAUUUACAAAAGAAGCUAGCAACUUAAUUCCGGGCUUGGUUUUGACACAAGCAUGCCCAUAAAGGUAUCAGUGUUAUUCAAUUAUACAUCAAAACAGGAAUAUUGAUUAGAAUAAUACUGCUUCAGUUUUUAAAAUCUGCAGUUCUAAAGCCAUGUGCUCAAGGCUGAUUGAGACUGAAUGAACCUGAGUUGGUUUCCCUCUUCCCAAGCUAACUCAAGCUACAAGGUGGACUGAUCUCCCAUCUCUCAGAUGAUGGCCCUCUUAACUAUUACAGAAAGAGUGGGGGGAGGAUGUUUUGGCCAAGAAUUAAAGACAGAGGUAGGGAUUGUGGAAUUCACUAAGGCCUUGUGUUCCUCAUAAUUUGAACACUAUUCCAAAUAUUCUUAUUUAAGUGAGGCUCCUUGCAGUGUUACAGUUGUAUGAAAGGUUGACCUGGUUUUGGUUUAAGAUGGUAAAGACUGAUUUUGGAAGUCAUCAUGAACUUUGUUGUAAAUCACCACCUUUUCAGUUUCCAAAGCAGUUAAGUGAGCUGUCUUAGAUAAUAUGAAACUCUGCUUUGCAGUUUCAUUCUUUACCUGGGGCCAAUCAGCAGCAAGUUUAGUAUCCAACAUAUGUGGUUAAAUCAGUAGAUGGCAAGCAAGUGUAUAUGGCUAUCCUGUACUAAAGGCUUAAUGUGAAAGCAGCAUGUCCAUCUGUUUAAAUGUGGGUCUGCCUUAAUCUCAUAUAAAACCAGCUGGGUUGGGAAUCCCAAUUUAAAGAGUAAAAGAACCAUGCAGGUAAGGGGAGCUGAGAACCUUUCCCAUGACCUCCGCACAGCACUUUUUUUCCUACCAUACUCACUUAUUGAGAGAAAAGUGAUGCAGGGAGGGUAAACUGAAGUGCAGGGGAGUAUUUGGCUUUCCUCACCAUAUGCAUCAUUUAGUGCAGGUGUCAGGAAUCUUUAGCCUUCCAGAUGUUGUUGACCUACAACUCCGAUCAGCCCCAGCAAGCAUGGCCAAUAGUCAGGGGUGAUGGGAAUUGUAGUUCUGCAACAUCUGGAGGGCCAAAGGUUCCCCAUGCCUGAUUUAGUGCUUAAAAUUGGGGGGGGGGAAACCCAGUGUAUACAUGAUUGGGCAGCCCUACAUUUCAAGACAUAGGCUUACUAUCAUCAAGUCUAGUUUUGCCCCAAGGCAGGGAUGGGGAACAAUCUGUGACUCUUCAGAUGUUGUUGGACUCCAGCUCCCAUCAGCCCCAGCCAGCAUGGUCAACAAUCAGUGAUGAUAGGAGCUAUAAUCCAGCAGCAUCUGGAGAGUCACAGGUUCUCCAUGCCUUAGGGAUUGGAGCCCUGUUCAUGAACCAAGAAGAGACAGUUACAGAAUCUCCCAAGUGACUCAGUUUUCCAAAAGAAGAAAUGGAAGAUCAGUCUUUGCUAAAAUUAGUUUUCCCCGGCUCCUUUGAUGUAGCUCUAAUGUAAGACUGUGUCUAUGGGAUGGAGCUGAUGCAGCAGGCCAAGCGGCAACUAUGCUGAUUCCAGUGCUGCUGAUUGCUGCUCAUCUAUACAGGCUAGACUGGGGGACUGGGGAGAGAGCAGGGAUGGUGUAGCAGCCUCAUGGGAGGAGUGUUGGGCUUCAAUCCUAAACACACUUUCUUGGUAAUAAGCCCCAGUGCUUAUUACCAUACUACCCUGAACAUGCCUGAUCUUGAAAGCUAAGCAGGGUCAUGCCUGGUUAGUACUUGGAUAGGAAACCACCUGGGAAUACCGGGUGCCGUAGGCUUAGAGGAAGGCAAUGGUAAACCAUCUCUGAAUACCUCUUACCAUGAAAACCCUAUGGAUAUAUCCAGAAAGAUUCAUAGGGUCACCAUAAGUCAUAAUUGACUUGAAGGCAUAUAACAACAAGCCCCGUGCAUGCAGCAGGGGCUUGCUUCUGAGUAUACGCUUAUAGGAUUGCACUGUGAAUUUUAGAAGCUUCUGUUUCCCACACAUUAAUUUUAGCAAAGCCUCGACACUUCUGAGAAUCCACCUCAAUAGACACUGAGCAGAAUUGUAAAUUCUUGGCAAAUAACAAAAUCUUUGUCACGUAGCACAAUGGAAAACUCAUCGUGGGCUACCCCUUAAAUCAGAAGUAUUUCCACCUCCCUGUCCAAUGAAAUGAUGAAUCCUGAUUUAUUAUUUAAAUGAUAUUUUUGGCAAUAUGUAGAACACUCCAGGGAAUCAGUUUUUGUUCCUUCUUUCUCCUUCAGCAAUACAUGUGACAUUCCAGGAAGAUGUUGGUGAUGAUAAAAAUCAUUGGUUCUGCUCCUGCAGUAGCACCCAUGUUAGCUCAUAACAAACUGUCCCUUCAUUAUCCUCUACAUGCCUUAAUAUAUGUUAUAUGGAAAUUAUACAGUCAUGUGUGCUAUCUCUAUAUCUCUAUAUUUGUUUUCCUCCUCUCACUGUACUCUUUUGUUUUGUGCUUGCUUUCUCUCUGUGUGCACAGGGCCACUGAGUUACUGAAAUGGAGUCACUUUGGGCAGUUUUAUCAGAAUAAUUAAAAAUAAAAAUGAAAAGACAUAUUUAAAUAAAUAUAUAUAUUUUCUGCUUUUAUUAAAAGCAAAUUUAUUUAAAAAGAAAGGAAAAGCUGUCAAUUUAGAGGAGUGAUGCAUUUAUUUCCUUGUUUGUUGGGUAUGACAGUUGCUUUUGUAUGUUGGGGCCCAGUCCUCAACUGAUGCCGUUGGGUAUGGCUCAUUUGUAACAAGUGAAGUGAAGUUAAUGUAAGCCUGCUGUGGCUGUGGCCCAGAAAGUACAUUGUAGGAAGAUGAGUAGGACUGUAGCAUAUCAGGGACCACAAAGAUUAUCUCGCUGGUACACAGCUAUCCCAUUAGGAUCUUUGCAAUAUAGGUGGCUCUUUUAUUUCCAUGUCAAUGCCACUUUUUUAAACACUCAUUUUUUUCAUUAGAAUGUGUUUUUGUGUGGCAAAGCAGCUGGAUUUCCUUGACAUUUUCUAAAUGGUGGUAGCUCAUUAGAUAGCAAAAGCUGAAGAGAGGCCAAAUUAGCCUCUUUAAGGAUUGUCUGCUCAGGACUGACCUUCCCUAAAAUCAGGGAGAGCCUCCCUAUUGUACUUCUUGAGGUAGUGUUUCUACUUGUGCACCUGUUUGAAAGAUGUGGAAAUCACCUUGAAAGGGUACAGUGUGUUAAUGGAACCAUUCCACCAAUGUUCAAGUUAUGGGGGGCCGGUGAAGCUAGGACUGUACCACUUUUUUGCAGCCUCUUGCAUUUUUUUUUCUAUCAAGGACAUGCUGGGUCUUAGUUCCUGCUGUGCCUUCCCAGGGAUUCUUGCACUUCUGUCUGCCACUGAUGAAGCUUUUAAAAAUGGCAUGAAGAAUGUCAAGGAAUGUUCUCCCUCAUCUUUCCCUCACCAGCUCUUUGCUCAAUUAAUAGCUAAGUAGAGUCUGUGACCAAUUGCUCAUGUCACUUUAAGCAUUUUGAGAUCACAAGCUGUGAGCUCUCAACAGAAUGAAUUUAGCAUCACAAUUUUGCAGUAUUGUGCAACAUGUUUUUAAAUGGUUUUAUUUUAAGUGUUUUCCCCCUUUCUAAUAACACUUUCAUAUGCCAUCAGCACCUAUAACCAAGAAGAACUACAUUAUUUAUGCACAUUAUUUGGAACUUAUUUUUGCUAGUGUUAGACAGGUUUAAAAACUAUCAAAGAAGCAAUGUGAUGUUGAUGUCUUUCUCUUGUACAAAAGUGACCUUAGAUUAUGACAAUAUAAAAAAUUAGCAGUCUGUGAUUUAAAAACAGUAUGUCAGUGGCUUGGGGUUCUUCACACCAAACCAUGGAAUAAUCUUUCCAGCAAUUAAAUCCGCAGCAGCUUGCUUAAUAUUCCCCUCCCAGCAGCAUUCGUUCUAGAUGUAGCUACUUUAGAAGGUCAAAAUCUCACACAAGGAAAACAAAACAAAUAAAUGCAUUUGUACGUUGCAAGUUUGUAUAAAGCAAAUAAAUAAAAAAUUGAUGGUUUGUAAA